AUGUUUAAAUCACCAUAUUUACAAACUAUUAUUAAAAGAUCAUUUACACAAUUGAAACAAGAAUCAACCACGAGAUCUUAUUCCACUUUUAAAUAUCAAAAUCCAAUUUCAACCGUUUUCCCAAACACCAAAAGUCAUUACUCAUCAUCAAUUGCAUCAACAUUGAAGAUUUAUUCCAAAAAUUCCUCUAAUUCAUCAUCAUCAUCAUCAAUUUUCAAAUUGUUAUUUGCAAGUGCAGGUGCAUCAAUUUUAAUAACAACUUCAUUUACAAAAUUAUUUAUAAAUAAUGACACAGCAGUAACAUUACCAAGACAACAAAUUUCAAAUGAUGUUAGGGUAAAUAAAUCAACUGGUAAAACAGAAUCAAGAUUUAAUGGAUUAUUAAAUUAUGAAGAAUUAACAAUUGGGUCAAUAACAGGUUUAUUUAUUGGUAUAAUAUUAGGAAAAUUAUCUCAAGUAUUUUUAUUUGUUUCUCUAAGUUCAUUUUUUUUAAUUGAAUUUUUAGAAAAUAAAAAUAUUAUUUCAAUACCUUGGAAUUCUAUAAUUUCAAUUGGUUCUAAAAAAAUUGAUUUAAAACAAUUAAUUUUUAAAAAUCCAAGUUUUAAAAUUUCAUUUAUUUUAAGUUUAAUUAUUGCUGCUUAUAAUGUUUAA